GGCUUCCCCUAGCUGCCCGCAAACAGCCCAGCCUCAGGAGCCAGCCUGCAUUCCUGCGAACGCUGGGUGCAGCUCCCCGCUUCUCAGGAGGAAAGCUCUCUUGGAAGAGCGGGAAAGGUGCCCGACUCCGGCCAUGCUGGCGCCGGCGCUGCUGUGUGCCUACCUUCUGCUGGCGGCCCGCGCCUCGCGCGCCUGGUCCGACCCGGACCCGGAGGAGCCCGGCUCCAGCACGGCGGCGCAGAUCCGCGACAUGCACGAGAAAGUGACGGCGAUCUGGCAGGAGAUGACGCAGCGGCAGGCGGCGGGCGACCGCCCGGACGCCGCGCUCCACGCCGCCUGCCGGGUGCAGCCGUCGGCCACGCUGGACGCGGCGCAGCCCCGGGUGAGCGGCCUCGUGCUCUUCCGGCAGCAGGUGCCCGGCGCCCGGCUCGAGGCCUUCUUCGACCUGGAGGGCUUCCCGGCCGAGCCCAACAACUCCAGCCGCGCCAUCCACGUGCACCAGUUCGGGGACCUGAGCCAGGGCUGCGACUCCACCGGCGCGCACUACAACCCGCGGGCCGUGCCGCACCCGCAGCACCCGGGCGACUUCGGCAACUUCGCCGUGCGCGACGGCCGCCUCUGGAAGUACCGCGGCGGCCUGGCCGCCUCGCUCUUCGGCCCGCACUCGAUCGUGGGCCGCGCCGUGGUGGUCCACGCGGGCGAGGACGACCUGGGCCGCGGCGGCAACGCGGCCAGCGUGGAGAACGGCAACGCGGGGCCCCGGCUCGCCUGCUGCGUGGUGGGCGUGUGCGGGCCGCUGCCCUGGGCGCGCCAGGCGCAGGAGCACGCCGAGCGCCGGAAGCGGCGGCGGGACAGCGAGUGCAAGGCCGUCUGAGCGCGCCCCUCGCCCGGGGCGGGGCCGGCGGAGACCCCCUGCGGGCCCCGCCGCUCCUCCGCGCGCCAGGCACCUGCCCCCUGCCGGCCUUGACUUUCUCCCCCCAGCUCCCAGAGACACCUUCUCGCCCCGGGUCCCAGUUCUGCGCGGCUGAGGUCUCCCCGAAAAUCCCCUGCACCCUGAGGCCUCCAACCACGUAUGCGGUGACACCCCUCCGCAUCCAGAGGGCAGGCCGUGCCCUCUGAGACCCCCAUCUCGAGCUCUGAGGAGCCCUGGACGUAUUGAAAUAACCCACCUACCCUCCCGGAUCCCGCACCCCCACCCCAGGUUCCUUUCUACCCUCAUUCCAGGAGCCCUGAACCAAUCCUGCUAUGCCCUAAGGACUCAACUCCUCCCACCCCUUAGAGUCCUUCUAGGAGCUCUGAGACCCUUCCUGAGGUCACCUAGCCCCUCACCCCAACCGCCGACCCCCGACCUCUCACACACCAUGCCAGCACAUGCAGCCUGCAGUUAGGCGCCCCUUCCCCGUGUCCUCGGCUGUUGCUCGCCCGCUGCCACCCACAGAGAGGCCGAUUGGCAGUCUUCGUGUCGCAUAUUAAAACUCAGCAAUUCAGUCUUG